AUGACAGCUUUCAAAGCAAAAGGAACAUUUGAAUUUCUUUUGGCGAACGUUUCCAAAAUGACGAGAGGAGUGUAUAGUCCACCGUUUGGCACACACGAGGAUAUGUUUUGGCAACUGGAAUUUACGCCCUCGUGUAAAGAUGACCCGGAAUAUUGUUCGGUUUAUUUGUGUGCGAUCGCAAACAGUGAGGAAAAAAAUUCAACAGAAAUAUGGACGAGACGUAACGAGAUCUCGGCUACCCUGUUUUUAAGGGUUCCGGCGUCAGAUCCAUCGACAUCCCUGGACAACACCCUCAACAUAAGGAAAAGCUUAUCGCUCGAUGAUUAUUCAGCAACGUUUCCAUUAUGGGGUUUUGACUGUUUCUGCAAAAGAUCAGUUCUACCCGAUGAAAUAAUGCUCGGAGUAAUAUUUGACAAGACAGAAUUUACACCGUGGAGCAUGAAAACCCCGUUUCCCACGAAACCAAUACCCGAUCCACUGAUCGAUGCUUGGUCCACUACGCUCAACAAGCAAGAGACGGUCGAUGUACAAUUCAACGUGAAAGGAACACUCAUAUACGCGAGUAGCACAAUACUUUCGAAACGAUCAGAAUAUUUUCAAAAGGUGUUUCAAGAGAAAUGGUCGGAAUCACAGAAAAAAGCACCGAAACAACGACAAAAUUCCAUUUCCGGAUCGUUGCAUUCCUCGUCAUUGAACAAUAACAAUAAUGAAUCGACCUCGACGUCUUUACAAUCGUCGAAAUUGCCACAGGCUGUGUCGAGUCCGCCAAAUGGGUACAAAUUUGUGGUCGAUGUACCGGAUUUCGAUCACGCUACUUUUUUGGAGAUGCUGAGGUUCUUGUAUACUGAUCAAGUGCUGUUCGAUGAUAAAUUGGAAUCACACAAAUCGGCGUUGGGUAAUUUGCUUUUUCCUCACCUCUCUCAAUCUGAAUCGCAUGAUAUUAAAAAACUAAAAAAAGCCAAUUCUGUCAAAUCUCAAGAUUUAUUUGCAAUCGCUGACAAAUACUUGAUUGCCGAUUUACGACAACGAGCGAAAGUGAAAAUAUUCAAAGAUCUAAACGAAGACAACGCAGCUGGUCUAUUAUUCGGUGCAGCGUGGAAAUGGCCGGACUUGAAAGAACAUGUGAUGAAAUACGUGGUGGAGAAUUUCAAGUCUGUACGAAAGACACCUGCAUUCAAAAAUGCAAUCUUGAAUCCUAGUUCUCAUCCUCAUUCUGGUGAACUUUUCAUUGAAGUGCUCGAAAUUUUAGAUCCUUGA